AUGGCACAGGCACUGCUGGUACCACCAGGACCUGAAAGCUUCCGCUAUUUUACUAGAGAUUCUCUCACAGCUAUUGAGAAGCGUUGUGCAGAAGAAAAAGCUAAAAAGCCCAAGCAAGAACAUACAGAUGAUGAUGACGAAAAUGGUCCAAAACCAAACAGUGACUUGGAGGCAGGAAAGACGCUGCCAUUUAUUUACGGCGACAUACCUCCAGGAAUGGUGUCUGAACCUUUGGAAGACCUGGACCCAUAUUAUAUCAAUAAAAAAACUUUCAUAGUAUUGAAUAAAGGAAAGGCAAUUUUCCGAUUCAGUGCCACAUCUGCCUUGUACAUUUUAACUCCUUUUAAUCCCAUCAGAAAAAUUGCGAUCAAGAUUUUGGUGCAUUCAUUAUUCAGCAUGCUUAUCAUGUGCACUAUUUUGACCAACUGUGUAUUUAUGACCAUGAGUAACCCUCCAGACUGGACAAAGAAUGUAGAGUACACUUUCACCGGAAUUUAUACCUUUGAAUCACUUAUCAAAAUUCUUGCAAGGGGCUUCUGCUUAGAAGGUUUUACUUUUCUGCGAGACCCAUGGAACUGGCUUGACUUCAGUGUCAUUUUAAUGGCAUAUGUGACAGAGUUUGUGGACCUGGGCAAUGUCUCAGCGUUGAGAACAUUCAGAGUUCUCCGAGCUUUGAAAACAAUAUCAGUCAUUCCAGGCCUAAAGACUAUUGUAGGAGCCCUAAUUCAGUCUGUGAAGAAGCUCUCGGACGUUAUGAUCCUGACUGUGUUUUGUCUGAGUGUAUUUGCACUAAUAGGGCUGCAGCUGUUCAUGGGCAACUUGAGGAAUAAAUGCCUGCAGUGGCCUCCAGACAAUUCUACUUUUGAAAUAAACGUUAUUUCCUACUUCAACAGCACAAUAGAUGAAAAUGGUACACUUAUUAAUAUGACAGUGAGCACAUUUAACUGGAAGGAUUACAUUGAGGAUCAAACUCAUUUUUACAUUUUGGAAGGACAAAGAGAUGCCCUACUUUGUGGUAAUAGCUCUGAUGCAGGGCAGUGUCCAGAGGGAUAUAUCUGUGUGAAAGCUGGUAGAAACCCCAAUUAUGGCUACACAAGUUUUGACACCUUCAGCUGGGCUUUUUUGUCACUCUUUCGUCUAAUGACGCAGGACUUCUGGGAAAACCUGUAUCAGCUGACACUGCGUGCUGCUGGGAAAACAUACAUGAUAUUUUUUGUUCUGGUGAUUUUUCUGGGGUCUUUCUAUCUGAUCAACUUGAUCCUGGCUGUGGUCGCCAUGGCCUACGAAGAACAAAAUCAAGCAACCAUGGAAGAAGCAGAACAGAAAGAGGCAGAAUUUCAACAGAUGCUAGAACAACUGAAGAAGCAACAAGAAGAAGCUCAGGCAACAGCAGCAGUAGCAGCAGCAUCAGUUGCAUCAAGAGAUUUCAGUGGUGUAGGGGGAUUAGGAGAACUCUUGGAAAGUUCUUCAGAAGCAUCAAAGUUGAGCUCAAAGAGUGCUAAGGAAAGAAGAAACAGAAGGAAGAAAAGAAGACAGAAAGAAAUGUCUGAAGCAGAGGACAAAGGAGAUAUCGAUAAGUUCCCUAAGUCUGAGUCAGAAGACAGUAUCAGAAGGAAAAGUUUCCGCUUCUCCACAGAAGGAAAUCAACUGACAUAUGAAAAAAGGUUCACAUCUCCUCACCAGUCUUUGCUAAGCAUACGUGGUUCCCUGUUUUCUCCAAGGCGCAACAGCAAAACAAGCAUUUUCAGUUUCAGAGGUCAUGCAAAAGAUGUAGGAUCAGAAAAUGACUUUGCUGAUGAUGAGCACAGCACUCUUGAAGACAAUGAGAGCAGAAGAGAUUCGCUCUUUGUUCCAAAUCGACACGGAGAACGGCGCAACAGUAACAUUAGUCAAGCCAGUGUGUCAUCUAGAAUGGUACCAGCCCUUCCAGUAAACGGGAAGAUGCACAGCAGUGUGGAUUGCAAUGGAGUAGUUUCUUUGGUUGGAGGACCUUCACCUUUAACUUCACCGGCUGGUCAGCUUGUACCAGAGGGCACCACUACAGAAACAGAGAUAAGAAAAAGAAGACUGAGUUCUUAUCAAAUUUCCAUGGAAAUGCUAGAAGAUUCUGCUGCAAGACAAAGAGCAAUGAGUAUAGCCAGCAUACUUACAAAUACAAUGGAAGAGCUUGAAGAAUCCAGACAGAAGUGCCCACCAUGCUGGUACAGAUUUGCAAACACUUUCUUGAUCUGGGAUUGCUGGAGUCCCUGGUUAAAAGUAAAACAUGUCGUCAAUUUAGUUGUGAUGGAUCCAUUUGUUGAUCUUGCUAUAACUAUUUGCAUUGUUUUAAACACGUUGUUUAUGGCCAUGGAACAUUAUCCAAUGACAGAACAGUUCAGCAGUGUCCUUUCUGUGGGGAACCUGGUAUUCACUGGGAUAUUCACAGCAGAAAUGGUACUAAAGAUAAUCGCCAUGGACCCUUAUUACUAUUUCCAAGAAGGCUGGAAUAUUUUUGAUGGUAUUAUCGUUAGCCUUAGUUUAAUGGAGCUUGGUCUUGCAAAUGUUGAAGGAUUAUCUGUUCUUCGGUCAUUCAGAUUGUUGCGGGUUUUCAAACUGGCAAAGUCUUGGCCAACUCUAAAUAUGCUGAUUAAGAUUAUUGGCAACUCAGUGGGGGCUCUGGGGAAUCUGACCCUGGUGCUGGCCAUCAUUGUGUUCAUUUUCGCUGUGGUUGGGAUGCAGCUGUUUGGGAAAAGCUACAAGGAAUGUGUCUGCAAGAUCUCCAGUGACUGUGAACUUCCACGCUGGCACAUGCAUGUUGUAUUCCGAGUGCUGUGUGGAGAAUGGAUAGAAACGAUGUGGGACUGCAUGGAGGUUGCAGGCCAAACCAUGUGCCUUAUUGUUUUCAUGCUGGUCAUGGUGAUUGGAAACCUUGUGGUAUUGAACCUAUUUCUGGCCUUGCUGCUGAGCUCAUUUAGUUCAGACAACCUUGCUGCUACCGAUGAUGAUAAUGAAAUGAACAAUCUCCAGAUUGCUGUGGCAAGGAUUCAGAAGGGAAUAGAUUAUGUUAAAAAAAAGAUACAGGAGUUCAUCCAAAAAGCCUUCAUUAGAAAGCAGAAAGCUUUAGAGGAGAUCAAAGCACUUGAAGAGUUAAACAACAAGAAAGGCAGCUGCAUUUCCAAUCAUACUGCUGUUGAAAUAAGCAAAGAUAUGAAUUAUCUUAAAGAUGGGAAUGGAACCACCAGUGGUGUAGGAACAGGCAGCAGUGUGGAAAAAUGUGUAAUCGAUGAAAAUGAUUACAUGUCAUUCAUAAACAACCCAGGUCUCACUGUGACAGUGCCCAUUGCAGCUGGAGAAUCAGAUUUUGAAAAUUUAAAUACAGAAGAAUUUAGCAGUGAAUCUGAUAUGGAAGAAAGCAAACAGAAAUUAAAUGCAUCCAGUUCAUCAGAAGGCAGCACAGUUGAUAUUGCUCCUCCUGGAGAGGGCGAGCAAGCAGAAAUUGAAAGUGAAGAAGCUCUUGAACCUGAAGCCUGUUUUACAGAAGGUUGUGUGAAGAAAUUUCCAUGUUGUCAAGUAAGUAUAGAGGAUGGCAAAGGAAAAAUUUGGUGGAAUCUCAGAAAAACCUGCUACAGCAUAGUGGAGCACAACUGGUUUGAGACUUUCAUUGUCUUCAUGAUUCUCCUCAGCAGUGGAGCACUAGCUUUUGAAGAUAUAUAUAUUGAACAGCGCAAAACUAUCAAGACAAUGCUGGAAUAUGCUGACAAAGUUUUUACAUAUAUUUUCAUUUUGGAAAUGCUUUUAAAAUGGGUAGCGUAUGGUUUUCAAAUAUAUUUUACUAAUGCCUGGUGCUGGCUGGACUUCCUGAUUGUUGAUGUAAGUACAGAGACUUUAAUAUUGUAA